GAUCCUUAUGACAAGUCAGUGAUCUUUAAUGCCAAAGCCUCACAAGACCUAUCUGUGCGAAGUUUACAGGGAAAAGGCCAUAAUCGUAGCUAAGUUUUGAAUGUUUGGUUGUUGUUUGACGUGUGGUGGCAUACGAGUUGAUCAUAACUAGGGAUAAGAUUUAAACUUGGUAAAGUACGAUUGAUAUUGACUGGUAUUUUGUAUUUCGUUUAAUAUGGAGUGGGUAAAUCCUUCUGCGCUUAUAAAGAAAGAUGUGACUAGGAGAAUGGGAGCGGGUUGACCAUCUUGAUAUUAAUUUACUAAGAUUAUUCCGAUAAGGAGAUCAUCGAGAACUGUGGGAUGCGUUAUGUAUAGCAACGUUCCAUUUUCAUCCGUAUAGAAGCUGCUACUGUGUGGAGUUAAGAUUGAUUUUCAUCGGUGAAUGUGAAGGGCGCAGAGCACAUCCAGAUUGGAAAAUGGCUGCCCUUUCAACGGAGUCUGUUAAAAUAGAAGCAAUGGAAGAGCAUCAGGAAAUGUUAACAAUGAAGAAAAUACUACACGAAGAAUAUGUUCGGUGGUCAGAAGCCAACAGUGGUCAUAUAAAACUUGUUUCUCAAAUUGUUAAUGAUGGACAAAUCUGCUUAGAAUUCUCCGUUGGUAAUAGUGGGACAUUUACCUUGGUUUGUCCAUCAGACUAUCCUAAUCAUGAAGACAGUUUUUUCAUUGAGAGAUCAACACUCCAUGGUACAUGGUGUGUUGCUCUUAAUGAAUAUAUAGUUGAUUCUGACUGUUGUCCAUCUCUGAAGACUGUGCUGGACAAGGCACUUAGACUGUAUCUCAAAGAUGAACAGAGUAGUAUGUGCAGUAGUUCUGAUGACUCUGCAGAAGAUGAAGAGAUACCUAUGGAAGAAGAUGAAAGCUAUGAUGCAGAUAUCAUUAUCGAAGAGAAGAAGAAACGAUGGCGAAAAAAAGAAGCAUCUUUAAGAGCUGUCGACAAUAAUCCAAAAGCAUCUGACAUGUUUCAGAACACUUCUAAGGAUCAUCCUGAACAAGUCUUCAGCAGCUCUGCAGCAUCAGGAAUCCUGACAAAUGAUUUGGUUAACAUUAUGAUGUCAGCAAAACGCAGUGGCAUAGCAGCAGAACCAGUUGAUGACAAUAUAUAUCAGUGGUAUGUUUAUCUGUCAUCAUUCACUCCUGGAGGCCCUUUGGCCCAAGAUUUGAAUCAGAUUAAGGAGCAUUUUGGAUAUAAGUACAUACAGCUGCAGCUUGAUUUUACAAUGGAUCUAUAUCCAUUUUAUCCACCAGUUGUUAAAGUUAUACGACCUCGUCUUGUGGGCUCCACCAUAAACUCUGUUGCAACAUUGGAUCUGCUGAAAUUGUCCAACUGGAAUCCAGCCCGGGAUAUGAAAUCAGUUUUGGAAGAAAUCAAGGACUAUCUUGAUAAGAACAGCAGACUCAAUAUUAAAACAAAACGAAAUGACAGACUUAGGUUCCCCCAGGGAGCUUAUUUAGACAUUGAAAAUCAUUUAAUGCGCCUAACAUUUGUAAGUGAAGUUCCAUUAGCUAAUACAAAGGCUGCUGAUAGUUCUGGUUGGACUGCAAAAGUUCCAUGUACUAGUGAAAGUGAAAUUCCAGUUGUUGCAGGAAAGAAGAAAGAUUACAAAAAGACGUGGUUUCCACGUGGUACUGGAUACAGUUCAUCUACACAGUCUGGUUGGGAUGUGAAAGCAUACCUUGCAGCUCAAAAGGAAAAGGAUCAUCAGAUAGAACUAGUUCUCAGAGGAAUUCUACGUGAGAUUGAAAAAGUUUGUGGGAUAUCGAAAGGUAGAUCUUCAUUCCUAGUGUACAACAGUGUUUCAUUUCCAACAUCUAGCUCAUUUGCAAAGUUUGAGACUUCAGGCACUGAAGUUGGAGGUUCUAGUGCAGCUGUUGGAAGUGCAAUUGCGAAUAAUGAAACACCGUGCGGAGAUAUUGAAAUGCCUUUAGAGAAUUUGAGUGAGAGUGAAAAUGUUGAAUUAUCAGAAGUCUCAUCAGAUGACGAAAAGUGGGCUAUUGAUGGUGUUGAAGAGCUGUGCAGUGUCUUGGCUGAUUCUAGUUUGCUACCAUUUUUGGAAUCCAAAUUAAAAGUAACAUCAUUUCUUGAUAUCUGUCAACAUACUUCAGUCUAUCAGCGUGUUGUUGACAUUAUAAACACUAUUGCCACGCAGCCCAAGUUGGUUCCACUCUUAUGGCAUUUACCUGGCCGGGCUAAUUCCAUGUAUGAUUUGAUCAGCCAGCUAGAGAAGGAAGCAGAAUCAAUUGUGUCAAAACUGAAAAAAACUGCUGAGAAUGGAACUGCAGGGAAUCUGAAAAAGUUUGAGAGAGGAAGGGGAAGGAAAUGUACACUGUUUAAUGACUGGGCAGGUCACGAUUUGUCUCUUGGCAUGUAUGAGCCACAAUUAUCGGGGAGAACAGAUUCUGAUGAUGAAAUAUUUUCAGAAAGUAAAAAACCCAUCAAUGAGCACACUUUCGCUAAUGAAUUUUGUCGCAUGAGCCAAGCUGUUAAAGAAGCGCUUCAGAAUUGUGGGCUGCUAGACAAAUCAGCAUCAACCAGUGAAGAGGGUGAAACUUCAGAAGGAAGACGCAUUGGUAUAAACACCCUUGAUGUUGCACGGGCAUACAAGGAUGCCUUGAAAGACCUGCAGUUUCUUAGUUGUGACAUUGACGUGGAAGGCCCAAGAGCACAUUUGUUCAGCAGCCAAUUUAAAAAGGCUCUGCCUCCAUCCUCACAGCAAGUGAUGAGAAUUGCUCAAGAAGUGGGUGCUUUAUCAACAUCUCUGCCCCUUGAUAUAGGGUCAGCUAUUUUUGUUCGCACUGAUGAUGCAAGGUUCACUAUGCUGAAAGCACUGAUAACAGGUCCGGAGGGUACUCCUUACAGUGGUGGCUGCUUUAUAUUUGACAUAUUCCUGCCUAUGCAGUAUCCUCAUGUUCCACCAAUGGUGAAGUUAUGUACCACAGGGGGUGGCACUGUACGCUUCAAUCCAAAUCUUUAUGCUUGUGGUCGUGUGUGUUUAUCACUGCUUGGCACUUGGCAUGGCUUACAAGGAGAAGCAUGGCUUCCAACAUCAACAUUGCUUCAGGUGUUAGUUUCUAUCCAAAGUCUUAUCCUUGUCCCAGAACCAUUUUUCAAUGAACCUGGAUUUGAAAGUAUGAUAAACACACCUAAAGGUAAAACUGAGAGUGCAAAUUAUAAUUAUGGUUUAAUGGUCAACACAAUCAAGUAUGCAAUGCUGGAACAGAUAAGACAUCCUGCACACGGUUUUGAAGAGGUGAUACGCAGGCACUUCAUUCUAAAAAAGAACAGGAUAUUGAAGGAACUGAAGGAGUAUAUAAGGAAACAACGCAGUGGAAAAGAGAUUACUGAAGCAUAUUGUCUGCUAAAGAAAGAACUUGAAAAACUGAUUCGUUCAGCAAAGUCAUCAGAAUAAAGGUUCUCUUCUGGAUUGUUCGAUGUUCAGAUUUUUGCAUAUAUAAUAAAUCUGUGAUAAGUGAGAGGAAUUUAUUAUUAUCUGCUGAUGUUUCCAGGAGUCACGGCUGUGCAGUGUACAGUUUUUUUUGUCAGCUGUUUAUUUUUAACUUGGGAAGAAAUUUUUUUUUUUGCAGCAGAUUUGUUCGUAUUUCAUUUAUUUUAUGUUGUAUAAUGUUUAAAUUUAUUUAUAUUGUACAUAAAAGAAAUGUAAUAUUUAAAUGUGAAGAAAACAAAUAAUAAAAGCAGUAUAUUUAAGUAGAAGUAACCCUGUUGGGAAACAGCAAUAUGCAACUCUGGUGCUGCACAUAAAAUUGUGGUCACAGUGGAUUCAUCUUCCAGAAUUAACCAUUUGAUGGAAAACGAAUUCUGCAGCUUUUCUCCUGUAUUUCCUUCCUUUGUCUCAGAAUUUCUAAUGCUGCAAUCUGUGAUAUACACACACAAGCCUCCUCCCCACACCCCUUGAAAAGAAAAGUAAAAAGCGUGUCCGUACAAUUUACUACCAGUUUUGUUGUUAGUGCCACUAGUAGAAAUCCUUUUUACUUUGGGGGGAUGAGAUUCACUGUCUACUUUUACAUGCUGCUUAAAAAUGUGAUUUGUGUAAUACUGUGUAUCUGUAGCUUUGUCUGAAUAUUUUGUUCUUUGUUAUUAAAAUAUAGCAUUUAAUUGUUGUUGAUAGUUUUAAUUAACAUUUUAGAUAGUGUUGUCGUUCGUGCUUUGAGUGUCAUCUAGGUGUAAUCAUAAUAUAUCACAGCGGAGUGGAAAAUUAGCAAAAUAACUGUGAAAUUAUAAAUCUGUGAGAAUUUGAUGUUAAAAAAAAAAUCCAUAUGUAUGCUUCAUUCCAGCAGCAAAGCAAAACAUUGUGGUGGAAACUGUCAAAUGAUGAAUUUAUUUCGCAUUUGUAAUGUGAAUUGAGCAAUUUGUUUUAUUCCCUAAGCAAGAUAUAUAUGCAAGCAUACUGGAACAAAUAAUGGACUCGGUAAUCAAGUAACAUGUUGUUAGAAGUGGUUAAAGAGAGAGAACAUUUACACUUUAUUGUGAAAAGAAUAAAUGUACAUUGUUCUACUGAAUGUUUUUAAUUGCUACUAUUAUAUGUGGAAAUACCUGUUGUGUGUUUUUUUACCUACAAUUUGUAACUUCUCACCUGACAUCUCUUAUCACACAAUUAAUGCAGAAAUUGGUUACACAAUUUUUCAUAUAUUCACAUUAUUUGUUAGGUUUACCUUUCUCUACAGCCAGUUAAGACUCCUGCAAAAACUGUUUUCCAGAUAAAUACUACAAGAUAUAUGUUGUGAUAACUGUAUCAUAUAAACCAUUUUGCACAAACUUAAAAAUAAAAAAAGUUCUUCGCA